AUGCGGGGCAUCAGGAGUUACUCCGAUCCGAGGGGAAAUCCGAUCCCCUCAUCUACAAAGGACGGACCCAUAUAUCUUUGCACUGGAGUCAAAACAUCGUUCUACCCCAAUUCACAAAGUGCAUUUUGGUGUCCAUUACCGGUAAUAAUGGCGCAACUGAAUGAAAUCCGCGGCCGACUGGCCCUCAUCACCGGGGCCUCCGGAGGAAUCGGGGCAGCCUGUGCGCGCCAGUUCGCAGAGAAAGGAGUUCAUCUUGCAUUAACAUACUCCAGCAACCUUACCGCAAUAAACACCUUAACCGAAGAACUCAAGGCAGCCUCCCCGGACCUCCGGAUCUCCACCCACCAAGUCGAUGUCGGAUCCGCAGAACAAAUCCAGGAUAUGUUCUUGCAAAUCGACAAGGAACAUGGUCAGCGCCCAGAUAUCCUUGUAUCAAAUGCCGGGUAUGGCAAGCGUGUCCCGCAGAUAUGGGACAUCACGCUCGAGGAAUUCGAUUACACAAUUAACGUCAACCUCCGGGCGUCAUUCAUCUUAGCUAAGGGCGUCGUUGAACAUAUGAGGAAUCAGCGCUGGGGCCGGAUUAUUUUUAUGUCUUCGAUCGCGGGGUAUGGUGGUGGUAUUAAUGGAUGCCACUACGCCUCAUCCAAAGGCGGCAUGACAGGCAUGAUGAAGAAUCUCUCAACCCGCUUAGCAGAGUUCAACAUUAGUGUUAACGACGUUGCACCGGCUAUGAUCGGGGACACGGGGAUGAUCCCCAAUGCACAAGCGAUCCCUGAGGUUGCAGCAGGCAUUCCUCUUGGUCGGCUGGGUGUCCCCGAAGAGGUUGCUAAUGUUGUAACCAUGCUAGCUACGACGGGGUACAUGACAGGGCAGAGUUUGUUGCUGGCUGGGGGCUUGAAGUAG